UCUCUGAAGAUUUUAGUGUUAAAGAGGAAGAAAUCAGUUUGAGUUAUGGUUUUUCAUUGGAUAUGAAAUGUAUUAUUGAAAGUUUCCCCCCACUCUCGAUAGGUAAUACUCGUCAGCUCAGAACUUUCAUUUCCAAGACUAGAGCAUUUGAUGGAACCUGUCGUUUGUGUGUUAAGGUUAGUACUGAUCCAGUUAGCUGUAACACUCAAGCUUCUGAUACAUUUGCUUCUACUGUUCCAUUGAAUGCCAAUCCAGCGAUUCUUUCUACUGUGCAGAGUGAAAAACAGGUACAUUGUCCUUAAUUCCCUUUUUCUGUUUGUGUUUGCAUGAUAUGCUUCAUAAUCAAGUACUAUGCCUUACAAAACUACUUGACUUUUGCAGAGUCUUCUAUAUGAAGGUGUUUCUACAGUUCCUCUGAAUGCUCUUCCGGAUUUUAGUACUGAUUCAGCUAGCUGUAACAUUCAAGCUUCUGAUACAUUUGCUUCUACUGUUCCAUUGAAUGCCAAUCCAGUGAUUCUUCCUACUGUGCAGAGUGAAAAACAGGUACAUUGUCCCUAAUUCCCUUUUUCUGUUUGUGUUUGCAUGAUAUGCUUCAUAAUCAAGUAUUAUGCCUUACAGAACUACUUGACUUUUGCAGAGUUUUCUAUAUGAAGGUGUUUCUACAGUUCCUCUGAAUGCUCUUCCGGAUUUUAGCCCUGUCCAUAUUGGACUUUCACCAAACACGAGAGUAGCUGGCGAUAUUAAGGUGAAUAGCUAUUUUAAGACAAAGAGAGAGUUGAUGUUGAGGAUGAAGAAAUGGGCUUUAGAGUGGAAGUUUGAGUACAAGACUGUCUCUUCUAACAAGUCAAGAGUGCUUUUGAGUUGUGUUGAUGAAAAUUGCACGUGGAGGAUGCGUGCUAUCAAGCUACCUGUUUCAGAUUUUUUCGUUGUUAAAAAGUAUGUUCAUGAGCAUACAUGCGAUACAACACACAGGAAAGCCAACCACAGACAAGCAUCUGCAAAGUUGUUGGGUUCUUUGAUUUCCAGCAAUUAUGGAGAAAAAAGGAAGGUCUCAAACCGAAACAGAUCAUUGAACAGGUCAGGAUGCUGCAUGGUGUUCACAUCAAUUACAAACAAGCUUGGAGAGUGAGAGAAGAAGCUCAGAUUUUGGUUAGAGGGACUCCUGAAGACAGCUAUUACAAUUUGUCUAGGUGGUUGUAUAAAAUCACAGAAACAAACCCUGGUUCCUUGACUUAUCAACAUGUUGAUGCUGCAGGAAAGUUCAAGUAUGCAUUUGUGGCUUUUGGUCCAUCGAUAAGGGGAUUUUCAUUGAUGAGGAGAGUUAUUGCAGUAGAUGGUACAUUUCUGAAGGGAAAAUUCAAUGGGACUUUAUUGGCAGCUUGUGCUCAAGAUGGGAAUUAUCAUCUAUAUCCUCUCGCCUUUGCAGUGGUUGACGCAGAAAACGGCGCCUCUUGGAAAUGGUUCUUUAGAGGUUUGAGCCAGAAGAUCCCGGACGCUUCGGAUCUUGUUUUUGUAUCAGACAGGGCUAACUCCAUUUCUUCAGCGUUGGAGGAUGUAUAUCCCUUAUCUCACCAUGGAAUUUGCAGGAUCCAUCUGCUCCGCAACAUCACUCCUACAUAUGCGAAGACUGGGUUGCUACCUCUGGUGGAAAGCGCUGCUGAUGCCUAUACGUGUCACGAGUUCUGGUUAAUCUUCAAGGACAUAAAGGAUAAAUGUCCUGAAUUGGCUAAGUAUCUGGAAGAGUCUGAUUUUAGGAAGUGGGCACGAAGCUAUGCGCCUGCGAACAGGUAUAAUAUCAUGACUACCAACAUUGCAGAGUCUCUCAAUUCUAUGUUGAAGAUGCCUCGUGAGUUGCCCAUUAUCUCUCUCCUUGAAACUAUCAGAUUGACGAUGACCACUUGGUUUUUUGAGCGACGCGAAGCGGCUGCGAAACAUAAGCACCUGGUUACUCCAAAAGUUGUUCAGAAAUUGGUAUCUAGGUUAGGGGCCGCAAUGUUGUUGAAUGUGUAUCAAGUUGAUCGAAGCGAGUUUGAGGUGAAGAAUGAAACAAUGAAGUUUGUUGUUGACUUGGAGAAGCGGCAUUGCACAUGUAAUGUUUUCGACAUUGACAAGAUCCCCUGCAUCCAUGCCAUCGCUGCUGCUAAGCAUAUCAAGAGAGAUGAAAACCGUUUUGUUGAUGCUUCUCACUUGACAGAAACGUGGGCUAAAGCUUAUGCUGAAAGCAUACAUCCUGGUGGAGAGUUGUCAACGUCCACCUAUCCAGAGAAUAUUGAUGAACUGUCUUGCCCACCUCCAGCUACCAAAAAGAAAAGUGGACGCCCUCCUACAAAGAGAAAGAGAUCCGUUGGCGAGUUUGGGGUUCCUGGAUCUAAAUCUCAGUCCCACAAGUGCAGCAGAUGUGGCACAGGAGGGCACAACAAGAUCACAUGCCAGAGGCCUAUAGGAUGA